UACCAAUUAUAUAAUAGGUUAAUUUAGAAAGUGAUAAUAACUUCAGAAAAUUUUAGAAUAAGGUAAGGGGGCCAAGAAAUGGCAGAGAAGAAGAGCAAUUGUUAAGAGAGUGGCCAGGAUGGGCCUCCUGAAAGAUGGCAUCUGGACAAAGACUCAAAGGAGGAGAGGGAUUGGUGUAUCUGGGGGAACAGUGUUUCUCUGAGACAGAGGCCCCAAGGUGGAACCAUGCCUGUUAGGUUCAAGGGACAGAGGGAGGCUCAAGCCAGACAAUGUCAGGGGAGGGGUCUGAGAGGUCACAGAGGGGCUUGUGGAUUCUUUAUUCUGAGUAAGAUGGGUGCACUAGAGGGUUCCGAGGUCAUCAGAAGGAUCACUGGCUACUGCACAGCGGAGAGCUGUGGGGAAGCAAGGGUAGAAGCAGAUACCACUGGACGACACUGAGGUUCAGAGCAUCUUGCUCCAGAUCUGCAUGAAGCCAAACCUGGGGUUGGGCUUGUCAGGUGAAUGAAUUACUGCUCAGACCAGAGCCCAUGCACUUUGCCCUGCACCAGCCUUUUUCUGGUGGGUGAGGCCUCUGGAGACUGGCCUUCCUGGGCCAGGUCCUGAGAGGAGAGUAGGAUGGACAUAGGAGGACCACUGUCCCUUCCCUCUGCCCCUCAUCGUCUCCUUGAGCCGGAACCAGAAAGGUUCUGUUUCUCCUGGGAACCCGCCCCAAGUCUGUCUGGAGGUGUAGGAGGUAGGAGGCCCCAGAAGCCCGCCCAGCUCUGGGCAUCAGGGAAGCCCGGGCAUGCCAGGGUGUGGCUGUGGUGGUGGGUUGCUAGGUGACUCCAAGAGGGAGCCCUGGUUACUGCUGCCUGGCAGAGGCGUCUCCCUUCUCUGCCUCCCUCACCACCUCUGUGGCCUCUGGCUUCCCAGGAGGCCUUGUGGGCUAGAUAUGAUUGGCUCUUGCCACUGGAUCUUGGCCCAGAGCUCUGAUUGGUACCAGGUGGCUGGUCCCUGAGGAGCCAGACUAGACUGCGGAGCCUGGGCUUCCCUCAUGGGGCACAGCCCUGGUGCACACCUGAUGCAGAGCCCAGCUCGGCAGGCAGAGGCCAAGGUCCUCACCUUGCUCUGGGCCUCCUCCCUGGGUGACCCUGGGAAAGGCAUGGCAUCCAUCUGCCCUGUCAGGCUUGCAGAAUCCCUCCCGAAGAGGGAGUGCAAGGCGGGUGAUGAGUGAGAGGGCUCCGGCACCUCUGCCCCCUCCCCUGACGACUUAAGAGUGUAACAUUCAAGUAUUGCAUUAGAUCCCAUUUACAAAAAAAAAAAAAAAAAGAGCGUCAGAGCUUUAAAAACAAAAGGUUUCAAGACCUCUGGACUGGAUGGUUCCAAGAACUUUCAUUAUCAAAUUAAAAAGGUCCUCAGAGUACCAUUGGCCCAUCUCAUCAAUUUACAGGUAGGGAAACUGAGGCCCAGAGUGAGGAGGGACUUGCCCCAGAUGCAGCUUGGUGGAGGGGGAAGAGCACCAAGCUAGGGAUCCCGAGGCUUGGACUCAGUUUCAGCUCUGCCACCAGAGCCUGGGCGGCUUUGGCGAGACCUUUCUUCUCUCUGGGUUUGAUCAGUCAUGGUUUCGGGCUGGAGCUCGGGCACCCGGGGGUACCUGGCUGGGCCGGGAACAGAGAGGGGAAGGACACAAACUGUCAUAGGCCCGGAACACAUGCUCUUGGUGGUAGUUUGAAACACUUUUAUUUGUAUUAAGGAAACGUGGAUGUAUUAUGACGUACAAUGCUAACUUCCCUUGAAUUCUAAAAAGGAAGCGCAAGACUUGUAAGGAAUUUUGAUCUUUGAAUAUGCCCCAGUCUUCCCAGGCUGCCAGCUUCUGGGAAUGGUUACAUGGAAAGUUUGAGAAGCACUGGAGUGCUGGCUUCAUAAGAUGCUUUGGAAAUCCUGCAACUCCUCUCUCUCUCUCUCUCCCCAUGGGUGGAAUGUGAUGUCCUUUAGACUCAGUGAGACUCACCUGAAAUCAAUACCUGGCCCUGCCUCGUACACUGUGUGAACUUGGCAAUGCCCUCCACCUCUCCGAGCCUCACACUCCUCAUCUUGAAAUAGGGACCACAAUCUCUGACUGUGUGGAGUGUGAUAGAGUGAUUACAGGAGAUAAAGUACUUACAAGGCCCAGAGUUGAACAGGUGGCACUGAGUAGGUGCUGGUACUUGGUGACGUCCUUCCUCCUCCCCCUACCUCUGAGCACUCAGAACCAGGCUGGUACAUAAGUGACAUUGAUCAAGAGGGGUUGCCUGACUGGCCUUCAGCUGGAGAGGCUGGGAGGCGGAGCCUCUGUGAGCCAGGUGUCCCAUUUGGGAGAACGGAGGCCCCUGUGCGCCCCCCCCACUCCCGAACACAGGUGUGGGGAGGGGCUGGGGCGGCAGGUGCAGGGGCGGGAGCAGGAAAGGGGAUGAGUACCACUCCCUGGAGGGUCCAGCUCCCCUCCUCUCAGGGUCCCAGGAGAAGCCAGGCAGGGCAACGCUGGGAGGGGCCUUGGAGGCCCAGCUGUCACCUCCCAAGGCCAGAAAGUGCCAGAGACAGGGCACCUGGGGCCCUGAAGAGCCAGGUGCUCUGGAGUUCAGGCUGAGGGAGGGUACCCUGGCCGCAGAAAGGACCCUUCCUUCUGGAGCUUGAUGGGAAGGGGGCCGGAGGGAGGGACCUCACGGGUCAGUGAUUACAGGGCUGGGUGGAUAAAGAGGUAAGAGCAGGUCCAUGAGCUGGGCAGAUCUGGAGUGGUACCUGGCAUUGCUGCCUGUGGGGCCAUGGGCAAGUCACAUCAUGCCUCUGGGCCUCCACUCUCUGGUACCUGAGAUGGGUAAUGCCAGCUCUCCAGAGUUAUUGGUGCCCAGCACAGUUACAGUCAGCAUAAUAGCAAGGAGGUAGAGACAGAGCAGGCCUAUGGGUGAUCUAGCAGGUGAGGGUCUUCCGGACAAGGUGAGGGAUUGAACUGUUUAUGAGCACCUGGCGAGUUCUGAGGUGGUUAUUGAAUGUCACCCAGUUUUUUUCAGGGCAGCUCACUAAAGCACUGAGGCUCACAGAGGUUAAGCCAGCAGCCCAUGGUCAGAUAGCUAGGUGGCUGAAAAGAGCCAGGCGUCCUGAUCAGCCUUCUGAUACCCAAGCGCCUGCUGUUUUCACAGCAAUACCUGAGCCAGGAGGUCAAGGUCACUAGGUGGGAGGCCCAAUAAGUUCCUGUGAAGUCAAUCUAGCUGUGGCCUCCUCUGCCUUCCUCCGUCGCCAGGACAGGCCUGGCAGAAGCAGGCAGUCGUGUGGGGAGCACUACAGACUGGCACAAAAGACAUUUAGGAUAGGAUAUGUGCCGGGGUGACAAAGGGUGAAGCCCAGGGAAGUGCCUGGGACAGCAGAAAGGGCUGUGCGGCCCUGGGUAAGCCACCGCUCUGAGCCUGGUCUUCUUGUCUGUCAGGUGGACACUAUGCCACGUGCUUUGUGGAGAUUUGUGAAGAUUUCACCAGGAAUGGGGCUUUGUAGGGAGGGUGGGCUGCAACCCAAAAGGCAGGCCAGAGAGCUGGGCUGGCUUGAAGGUGGGGCACCAAGCAGAAACGGGGUCGGAUGGAUGUAUGUUGCUGGAAUCCAAGGCCUCUGUGCCUGAGUUCCCAGAAGCUCAGGGGAAAUCUCUGAAAAGCGUCAGGCCUCUCUCUACCCACCUUGGGGAUGCCCAACCUGUUCGGCUCUCCCUGGCCAGGCCCUCCCCGCAAAGGGUUAACAGUCUUCUCUACCUGCAGUUGCAUUUUAAAGACACGAAAUUAAAGCAGAACUCGAUCCGGCACAACCUGUCGCUGCACACCCGCUUCAUCCGCGUGCAGAACGAAGGCACGGGCAAGAGCUCCUGGUGGAUGCUGAACCCCGAGGGCGGGAAGACCGGCAAGACGCCGCGGCGCCGGGCCGUGUCCAUGGACAACGGGGCCAAGUUCCUGCGCAUCAAGGGCAAGGCCAGCAAGAAGAAGCAGCUGCAGGCCCCCGAGCGGAGCCCCGACGACCGCUCCCCGGGCGCGCCGGCCCCGGGGCCCGUGCCCGCCGCGGCCAAGUGGGCCACCAGCCCGGCCUCGCACGCCAGCGACGACUACGAGGCGUGGGCCGACUUCCGCAGCGGCGGCGGGCGGCCCCUGCUCGGGGAGGCGGCCGAACUGGAGGACGACGAGGCCCUGGAGGCCCUGACGCCGUCGUCGCCGCUCAUGUACCCGAGCCCCGCGAGCGCGCUGUCGCCCGCGCUGGGGGCGCGCUGCCCCGGGGAGCUGCCCCGCCUGGCGGAGCUGGGGGGCCGCAUGGGCCUGCACGGCGGCGGCGGCGGCGGCGCGGGGAUGGCCGAGGCCCUGCUGGACGGCGCGCAGGACGCGUUCGGGCCGCCGCGGGCCCGCGCCGCCGGGACGCCCGCCUACUUCGGCAGCUGCAAGGGCGGCGCCUACGGCGGGGGCGGGGGCUUCGGGCCUCCGGUGCUGGGCGCGCUGCGGCGCCUGCCCAUGCAGACCAUCCAGGAGAAUAAGCAGGCCAGCUUCGCGCCCGCCGCCCCGCCCUUCCGCCCGGGGGCACUGCCCCCGCCGCUGCUGCCGCCGCCCCCGCCCGCGCCCCGCCCCGGCCCGGUGCUGGGCGCGCCCGGGGAGCUGGCGCUGGCGGGCGCGGCCGCCGCCGCCUACCCCGGCAAGGGCGCGGCCCCCUACGCGCCGCCGGUGCCCUCGCGCAGUGCCUUAGCCCACCCCAUCAGCCUUAUGACGCAGCCCGGCGAGGCGGGCGCCGCGGGCCUGGCGCCCCCGGGCCACGCGGCCGCCUUCGGGGGCCCGCCCGGCGGCCUCCUGCUGGAGGCGCUGCCCGGGCCGUACGCCGCGGCCGCCGGGCCCCUGGGGGCCGCGCCGCCGGACCGCUUCCCGGCCGACCUGGACCUCGACAUGUUUAGCGGCAGCCUGGAGUGCGACGUUGAGUCCAUCAUCCUCAACGACUUUAUGGACAGCGACGAGAUGGACUUCAACUUCGACUCGGCGCUGCCCCCGCCGCCGCCCGGCCUGGCCGGGGCCCCGCCCCCCAACCAGAGCUGGGUGCCGGGCUGAGGAUCCGCUUGCUGCGCCCAGGGUGCCAGCCCCGCCCCCCAGAGGGCCUCUGUCUUCCCAUCCCGAUCCCCGGGCCCCCGUCCCCCCCUGAUCCCAGCUCCACCACGGAGGAUCCAGGAGACAGCCCCAGCCAGCCCUGCUAGAGACAUCUCUCAGAAGUUGGCUGCUGGGGGAUGUGGUAGGGAGGGGCUGGGGCACCCCACAUUCCUGCCCAGACUCCCUGAGAGCCGCUCCCCCUGCUCCCCGGGCAGGAAGCCUGGGGGUGGAGGCUGAAUUCCGGACUGGGUGGGAGUGGGGAGGAGGGAAAUGGGCUGCUGGUUGGAGAAGCCUACCCAGAGGUGGGGGGAGGUGAGCGAGGGCGUCUCUGCAUCUUCAAGUUUCCUUUGCGGGGGCCCUCGCGGGAGAUGGUGAAUCGCCUACCCCGAGUGACACUUUCCACCGGUCUUAGCCUACCCACCGAGAGCCAGCAACCCCUUCCAGGAAACACACUCACAGCUACCUAUUGGCUGUGCACCCGGAACUGUCCUUAGCCCUGAACCGCCCUCGGACCCUGCACCCUCAUGGUCCAAUCCAUCCUAGCUUCUGCCCUCCUCCCUCCAGUUAGGUGCCCUUUGCAGUCCCUACCGCCCCCUUCCCCCCCACACACACACCCCCAAGAACAGGUCACAGCCUCUCCAGCGGGCCUCAGCUCUAGAUCCACACCCCAACCCCAGCACCCCUUUCUCCGUGCCAGUCCCUGCUCCUCUCUCCCAUAUUUAUAAGUGUCGGGGCGGGGCGGGCUGUGGGCGCGGCGUCCCUGGCGCAUCUCGUAGGCUGUGUACCGUGGCCGUGCCGUCAGUCAGCGUGUGCGUGUGCGUGUGUGCCGUGUCGAGGCCGUGUAGAGUGCAUUGUACAGCAUAUUUUCAUGAAUAAAAUUGUUUUAAAUAUU